UAUAAAGUGAAGGAGAGGACAAAAGAGAAAAGAAAAACGAAUUAGGGUUAGAGCUUACCUUGCCAGAGCAGAGAGAGGCAAGGAGGCGCAGAGAGAGAGAGAGAGAGAGAGAGAGGGAAGGAGACGCUGAGAGAGGGAGAAGGAGACGUCGGGUCAGAGCAGUCAAAAUGUUUACAUCAAGGCAGAAAAUCCAGAAAGGGAAGGAUGUUGAACCUACAGAGUUCGAGGAGUCAGUCGCACAGUCAUUUUUCGACUUGGAGAACACCAACCAGGAGCUUAAAAGUGACUUGAAGGACCUUUAUAUAAACUCAGCAGUGCAAAUGGAUAUUUCUGGAAAUCGGAGGGCUGUUGUUAUCCAUGUUCCUCAUAGAUUGAGGAAAGCUUAUCGAAAAAUUCAUGUUAGGCUUGUGAGAGAGCUAGAGAAGAAGUUCAGUGGGAAGGAUGUGAUCCUGAUUGCAUCCCGAAGGAUUAUGAGGCCACCAAAGAAAGGUUCUGCUGCUGUGCGUCCUCGCAGCCGCACACUCACUGCUGUGCAUGAAGCCAUGCUAGAGGAUGUUGUAUAUCCGGCUGAAAUUGUUGGGAAACGCAUUAGAUACCGGCUCGAUGGAUCAAAGAUCAUCAAGAUUUAUCUAGACCCGAAGGAGCGGAACAACACUGAAUACAAGCUGGAGACUUUUGCAGGUGUUUACGGGAAGCUUUCAGGGAAGGAUGUGGUGUUUGAGUAUCCGAUCACAGAAGGAUAAAAUUGCAUUACUAUGGACGAAUUUGAUUCGUUCCUCUUCUUUUUUAAAAUUAUUUUUUCCUUCGUUCUUAAUUGCCAUUUUUGAGUUCUUUGAAUUUUGACUCUUAGGCUCAUUAGAGAUUUAAGCUUUAGAAGUUCCGUGGGCUUGGAUAUUUAAGCUUUGCAAGUUUUGAGGGCUUCUAUUAGGAAGCAUGCAAUGCGGAGCUUGGACUUCUCCCUACCAAAAUGAUCUAGUGUUGUAUUUAAUCAGAUGUUUUGAUCAGAAGCGUAAUUGAAUUUC